CCGGUAAUUAAACACGAAUUAAGAUGGCGAAAAACGUUCUCUCCUCGGCUGCUAUAGCCGGCGCCGCCCUACUUCUUAUCGUGAUCACCAUACAACCGCCGUGUGAAGCUGCCAGGAUUCUCGAUGAGGAAGACAAAGAAUGGAUGAUGAUCAAGAAAGCCGCCGCAGCUGGUCAGCGCGAUACUCUUCUUUUGAAUUCCCUCCAGUGGCGUGCUGUCACUCCACCCCGUCGAAAUCCCGGCACCAAUGCCGCCGCCACUCUUGGAAAUAAAAACUUCGCCGCCGUUGAUUGUAUUACCAUUUCAAACUCCCAUGCGGCGGUUCAUCCUGACAGUCACCAUUAUACACCUGCGGUGGCGAUGGCGGCGGCGUUGCCCCGCCAUAACAUCCAAUUCGGCGUCGCCGAGGAUGCUAACCACAACGCCAGCGACAACUAGCCACGGCCUACGACGAGAGAUCGAGGCCGGAAAAAUAUAUUCUUGCCGGAAACCGCCGCGCACAAGAGCUUUUGCGUUUUUUCUUUUCUUCUAACUUAGCUUAAUAUACAAAAUGUAGACAAUAAGGUGCUCAACUAGGCAUAUGAUUUAGUGUUAAUC